AUGUGGCGUCAAUUCGGUCUGCUCUGCGCGCUACUAGGUGUUACUGCUACUGCUGAUACAUCUAGCAACGCUACCGGGUGGCACAUGGCACCUAUCACCAUCAUGACGGCCCGCAUCCAAGGCGACCCUCCUGUCUGGAACGCAGAGUUGGGUCUCUGGCUCUCCAAGUACGGGAUCAACGUGAAUAAACAGUCGGUCAAGUGCGAGCGCAAGAACAAGAUGCAGUACGUUGUGUUCUACGAAAUGGUGAUCAUGCAGCCAACCAGUAGCAUCGCGUACUACAACAACAAGCACAAUGUCCCUGAGUUUGGCCCAUUUGUGGCCAUGGACGGUGGCAAGUGCACGAAUGCAGGAGUCGACUUGCCUGAAAGCUGCAAGGUCUACUACGGAUUGGACGGAACCAUAAACGUUGGUCCGAAUGUUGGCUGCAGCCUUCAAUCAUCGGAUCCACGUGCACUUUACCCUGGCACUUCCUGGAUUUCAUUCCCAAACUCAUGCGCUCAUAAAUACCGUGCGGAGAAGACGCAUGAGUUCAGAGCUCAGUUCCCUGGUGGUCUUUGUCCCAUGGGAGUACAACCUGAUGGAGUGAUCUGCACGUUCACUUACAAGAUCAAGGGCUACUUAAACAUCGACGACCUGGUUGGAAUUACCAAGAUGGGCUUUAGCAGCUACCAGCAGUUUUGCGAAAGUGGCGGUGUGGAGUUCAAGGCUACGAACACUGGUCAAGGAUUCCAAGUGGAGCAGUGUAUUGAUUUUUGGAAAAAUUCUGGUGACCCACAGGCGAAUGCCAUGCGCACCACUCAAAUGAUUGACAUGUAUAACCAAAUGUCAAGUAGCGGUUCCAUCCCCAACAUGACCCCGCUUCCAAAUGUUGAGGUGCUCACCGAAUCGAACCCGCCUUGCUACCGAAAUAGCGCGACAUGUGCACAGGCUCAAUACGGUUGCAAGCGUGAAGGGCUUUCACAAAUCUGUUCGGUGUGUAACGGCGAGGAGCCUGGUUGUAAGAAGGCUCCUGCAGACUACUCAUUCCCCGUCCUGUCGUAG